AUGGAGCUGUACGCGGACGCGGUACCCAAGACGGCCGAGAACUUCCGGAGCCUGUGCACGGGUGAGAAGGGCACGGGCAAGUCGGGGAAGCCGCUGCACUACAAGGGCUCCGUCUUCCACCGGGUCAUCAAGCAGUUCAUGAUCCAGGGCGGCGACUUCACGGCCGGGGACGGCACCGGCGGCGAGUCCAUCUACGGGUCCAAGUUCGACGACGAGGCCUUCCCGUACAAGCACGAGCAGCCGUUCCUGCUGAGCAUGGCCAACGCGGGGCCCAACACCAACGGCAGCCAGUUCUUCAUCACGACGGUGCCGACCCCGCACCUGGACGGCAAGCACGUCGUCUUCGGCCGCGUGCUCAACGGCCGGUCGGUCGUGCGCCAGGUCGAGAACGCGCCGACGUCCGGCGGCGAUCGCCCGGUGCGCGAUGUCGUCAUCGCCGACUGCGGCCAGCUCACCGGCGAGGACGCCCUGACCGCCGACGUCCGCCAGCCCGACGCCAUGGGCGACCCCUACGAGGACUUCCCCGAGGACUGCCCGCCCGACGAGCUCACCGCCCCCAAGAUCCUGGCCAUCGCCUCCGCCUGCAAGGACUACGGCACCCGCGCCCUCAAGGCCGCCGACCUCGACACCGCCCUGGCAAAGUACCAGAAGGGCCUGCGCUACCUCAACGAGGAGCCCGACAUCGGCGCUGACGACUCCGCCGCGGCGGAACAGGCCGCCGCCCUCCGCUACGGCCUCAACAGCAACUCCUCCCUCGUCGCCACCAAGCAGUCUGCUUGGGAAGACGUCGUGCGCUUCGCCACAAACGCCCUCGAGGUCCCCGGCCGCUCUGGCCCCGAGCGCGCAAAGGCCCUCUACCGUCGCGGCGUAGCGGCCGAGCACCUCAAGGACCUCGACGCCGCCCUUGCCGACUUCGACGCCGCUGCCAAGCUCGUCCCCGAAGACCCCGCCGUCAUCAACGCCCGCAAAGCACUCAAGGCAAAGGUCGCUGCUCGUGCUGCAAAGGAGAAGGCUGCCUACAAGAAGUUCUUCUCCUAA